GAGAGUCAGCUGCAGCGCCGUCCCACCGACACCCCCUUUUUUCUGCUCGGCUAUAAGAACGCCUGACGUGCCCUUCUCUUGUUCGCGCAUACAUCCCCAGCCGUCUAACAAAAAUGUCUACCACCGACGAAGUCAACUCUGAAUACGUCUCCGGCCUACCCGCCCACUCCCACCACAACCGUCCCGGAGAGAUCGGCUACGAAGAAGGCUUCGGCACCACGGGCGUCAUCCCCUCCGGCCCCGCCGAACCCGACAACCUCAACGAACCCAUGAACUUUGGCCGUGGGCAGGGGUAUACUGUCGUUGACGAGUAUCAGACCGACAGGAUUGUUGCGCCUGUUUCUGUCGUGCCGCACCACGAGGUUAUUGUUGAGAGGGUUGAGGUGCCGGUUCCUGUUGAUGUCCCCGCCCCCGUCAUCCACAAACAACACCACCACGUCUCCCUCAAAGGCUCCGACGGCCCCACCCACAACUCACUCGGCGUCGAACGCGACUUUUCGGGCUCCGCAAUCCCCAACACGAACCUCCGCUCCGCCGACGUCCGGGCUCAAGGCUCGGACGCACUCAACGCCAUCCCUGACGACGGUGGUAGAGUGCCGAGGGACGAGCAUGGUGUUCAGGGGUGGGGGAGUAGCGAGGAGACUGCGAGGAGGGUUGAGGGGUUGGAAAAGAGGGAGGGGGUGGAUGAGUUGGAGAAGAGUACGGCUCCUGCUGGACAUGGGGAGGGGACGAGUAAGCCCGGGUUGAUGGGGAAGGUUAAGCAUGCGCUUCAUUUGGAUAAGAAGAAGGAGACUACUUCUCAGUAA